AUGAGUCUGAUCGUCCAGCGGGCGUGGCGACCCACGAGCACGAGCACGAGACCUCAUCGUGUCGCGACACAACGGCGCUUCAAGACAUUUCAGCGCAGGGUGGAUAAGAACGACCAAGUCUACUACACCAUAUCCAAGCGCCAGCCUGUUCAAGAUCCUAAUGCCGCCCCAGGCAACCAGCAGUUCUUUGAGAUGCCCAACCUGCUGCUGGACCUUGAUGCGGAGGGAUCUCGCAAUGUGCGCACAUUUGACGACAAGGACGAGGCACUGCAGCUGACAAAGUGGCGCGUCAAUCACAAACGAGAAGAAGUUAAGCUAAAGCUUGCCGAUUUGGAGAGCAAACUGGUUGAGUCGCGCAAACGAGCGCAAGAUAUUGCCGCCAGCCCGUCCAAUAUCUGGAGACUUAGCUCACACGACCUUCUGUCCGCUGCACUCCACGGGCCGCUCAGUAGCGACGGCGCUGCUCCCGCAGAGGCUCCAUGUCUAGACACUUUGGAAGGCUCCCACUUGAUCGAGGCCUUGCGUCGCGAAAACGGGAUCCCGGGUCAUGCGAGCGCCUCCGACGUCCUCCUAUUGGAAUGGAUGCUUCUGCGGAGCUACAGCACCGAUAGCGUGAAGAGCAAAAAUCGCGAAGCAGCACUCAGUUCCUCGGAGCUUGUAGAGGCUCUGCAAUCACAUACCUCUGUCGUCGGUAUACGACGGUUGUUACGCCAUAAUCUGUGGUCCUCUGCAAACAUCAAGACACACUUUGGUCCUCGGGCUAAAGCUGCUGCAGAUGUACCUAGCGAGAUUCGGAAACGCUGCAUCGAGAUACUCGAAUCGGAACAGGCGCGCAGAAAUCAGUUUGUGAGCUGCCUCGCACUAGUUGGCAGCUUGUUGGAGAAGUUGUCCAAGGACGGAAUGGAACCUGAUCACCGCUUGCUGGCUCUCGCUCUCAGAGUGUCUGCUCGUAGUGGCUCACUCGUCGUUAUGUCUGAGUGGAUUCGCCGAAUUCACUCGAGCAACUCGUGGAAACGAAGCCCCGAGAUUGUCGAAGAUGCGGCAGCAUGCAUGCAAAGUUGCUCCCAGUUGCUAGCAACGCAAUUGGGGACGGUGGCUGAUCGCCAGUUGCUGCUCCAGCUUUUGACUGGCCUCGACGAGAACGAACAGAUUGCGCCCGAAUCGCUGCGGUCUAUUAUGUUGAGCAGCAUGAAAGGAAACGGCUUCAAGACCGUCUCAAGCCAGGCAUGCGAGGCCUACGCCAAGGUUCUUGGUGAGCUUGGAGCUGUGCGGACCCUGCUGAAGGAAUCAGAGAGCACAGAGGAGGCCCUUCGAGAGGCUUGUAUCGGUGUGCUGAAGGGUACUCCGAAAUAUAGUGCAACUCUGAAGACUCAGGGUGUCAAGAUGUUGUCGAUUGAAGAGUGUGUUAGUAUGGAUUAUCAUGAUAUUACGGAGCAAGCGGCAUAA